AUGGGCGACAGCGGCAAGGCGACGCUCCCAGGCGGUGGCACGCAUCGACUCAUUGGGGGAGGUUGGCCGGUGAUGGCGAAGCUGCUCUUCUUCUGCUGCCGCGCGGCCGCCGCCGUGCCGGGCCACUUUGCGAGCACGCGGUCGGGCGGCCGCCCGUGCUCCGUCGAUGUCGUCUUCACUACGAAUAGCUGUCAACACGCCGUCGCCGGCGCAGUGUACGACGACAUCGUGGGCGCGUACCGCGGGUUCAUGCCGUCGCGGACGCGCGCGUUCCUCGUCAUCCACCGUGGCCUGCUCGAGCCGCACGUCCGCUGCCCCUACUGCGGCGCCCGCGUCUGGAGCAUGACCGCCGCGGGGCUCGCCCGCCUCUCCUCCUCUUCCUCCAGCGACGGCGAGCGAAGCGCCGACUCCGACUCCAACCACAGCGACGACGAGUCAUUCGCCGCCGCUGACGUGAGCCUCCCACUUCCUCUGGCUAGCCGCGUGUCAGGCCGGCGCCUUCGAGGCAGGCCGGCCAUGUGACGCAUCAAGCAUUAGCGGUAGUUUUUUUUUUUACCGGUGGAUUGGGAUAGUAUUAUUUGGAGUGAGGGCAAUUUAGUCAUUCUUGUAAAAUGUUUUGUU